CACCUACCAGUCAAAAGAACAAUUCCAAAUUCGUAUCUGCCAAGGACCUACGAACAUUUCUUCGCAAUUUCCUUUUCUUCUAUACUAAACCGUUCAAUUUGCAAUAAUUCCUUUAAUUUUCUCUGUAUUUCCAGUUAAUUACUUGAAGAUCUGUGAAAUUCUGACUAAUGGAAGCAUUCGCGACCGUAUCUUUCAGUCGACGUAGUUUCUUCAAUAAUGUAAUGUUUGACAUCAAUGAAUGUAGAAUUUUACCUCGUUCCUGCAUCGAUUACACUGGGAUGCUUCAUUAUCAAUAUUCAAAUCCCCGAAAGCCGUGCAAAUUAGUUUUGUCUGGCUGUUUUGGAGUAGGAUCUUGUUUAUCUGGUUGCAACGGUCACAAUUCAUGGCAUACAACUCUGAUGCCUUUCAGGCACCCUUCCCAAUCACGUUCAUUGAGAUCAUGUCGAGUUAAAGCUGACAACUCUGAUGGGAAUUUGAGUGGCGAACGUGUCAUACUGACUGAGCAGACAUUGGAGCNGUAUUGGACAAUUACAAUCAAAAUUUACAUGAAAAAAAAUAAAAUUCAUGUCAUCUUCAAGAUAUAA